AUGGUCUCCGCUAUAUCCAAGAGUAUUAAGUUCAAUCCGCAAACGGAGAAACUUCUCACGGUUGCCGCCGGUUGUUUCUGGGGUACGGAACAUAUUUACAGAAAACACUUUGGUGCCAAAAUUGCAGACUGUAAAGUCGGCUAUGCGAAUGGCAAUGAGGAAGCAAAGGAUUCUGGCAGUUCAAUUUCAUAUAAAAAAGUGUGCAGCGGGGAUACGCAGUUCGCGGAGGUCUUGCAAAUAGCUUUCGACCCAAAGGUGGUAUCCCUGAAAGAGCUUGUGGACUUCUUUUUCCGCAUCCAUGAUCCCACCACGUUGAACUCGCAGGGUCCAGACAUGGGCACUCAAUAUCGCAGUGCCAUUUUUGCCCACUCGGCAGAAGACGUGAGCGAAAUCGAGGCGUUGAAGGGACAGUGGCAACCGAAAUGGCACAAUAAGAUAGUAACAGAAGUUACCAUGUGCACCAACUUUUACGAUGCGGAGGACUACCACCAAACAUAUUUGGAUAUCAAUCCUACUGGUUAUGCUUGUCCUACUCACUACAUUCGCAACUUGUGA